CAUUGACCGCCGUCGGGUUAUCUGGUUUUUUCUUAAGUGUGGAUCGAAAAUUUAACGCAAUUUUUAUACGAGUGUAAUGAUAAUCUACACAUUGAAAAUAGCGUUUCCGUAUUAACGAAAAAAUAUUAAAUUUGCAUCAUUAAAACUGUUAAUUCAGUAUUAAAAAUGUCGAAGAGAAGAGGUUUUGGUGAUGAUGAAGACAACCCACCGACACCGUCUGAUGAUUCAGACUUUGAUGAUGAUGAGGACCCAGACAAUUUGGAAGUGCCAGGUGGUGGUAAAACAUUGGCUGCUGCCGCUCAAAUGGGUGUUAAAGCGAAGGUUACAGCGGGUCCACAACCAAUUAUUAUUAGACCAACUACAAAUCCAUUAGCAGCUGCAUCUGGCCUGGCAUUUGGACAGGCAUCAAAUAUGAAACCUAUUAAGAUUCAAGCAGGUCUCAAUAAACCCAGACCUAUUGUGACAUUGGGACGUGGUGUUGGUGUGCCGUCAGUGGGAUCUGUACCAUCUUUCGCCGGCGCAGGAUCCUCGGCCGCGUUCAACGCAGCUUCUCUACUCGCUCAAAUGGAGAUGGUGGGCGCGCAAGGGAUGAACUCCUACUUGCUGCAAAACUUGAACCAGAUUCUAGUGUCUGGUAUGGUGGCGCAGUACGGCCAGAUGCCGCCCUGGGCUCAACCCAAGCCUGGCAUGUGGCCCCAUGAUAAGUUGCAAGGUGAUGAAGAAGAAGUGGACGAUGAGGAGAUGGGUGUAGCUGAGACAUAUGCAGACUAUAUGCCAUCGAAAUUGAAACUGGGUCGCAAACACCCAGAUCCGGUGGUGGAAACGGCAUCCCUGUCUUCCGUGGAGCCAGUAGAUGUGACGUACACACUCAGCCUGCCCGAGGAGACGGUGCGAGGUGGUCUGCUGUCUGCGCUGCAGCUGGAGGCGGUGGUGUACGCCAGUCAGGCGCACGAGCACACGCUGCCUGAUGGCACGCGAGCUGGUUUCCUUAUAGGCGAUGGUGCUGGUGUGGGUAAGGGUCGCACGAUCGCUGGCAUCAUCUUUGAGAACUACCUGAAGGGUCGUAAGCGCGCCAUCUGGGUGUCAGUCUCCAACGAUCUCAAGUACGACGCAGAACGCGAUCUGCGCGACAUCGGAGCUGGCAAGAUUGAAGUGCAUCCUCUCAACAAGUUCAAAUACGCGAAGAUAUCAUCAGCUGUGAAUGGCAAUGUUAAGAAAGGGGUAGUGUUCUGUACAUACUCUGCAUUGAUAGGAGAGACUCAGUCCUCCAGCACCAAGUACAGGUCUAGACUGAAGCAGCUGCUGCAGUGGUGCGGAGAGGACUUUGAUGGAUGUAUUGUAUUCGACGAAUGUCACAAGGCGAAGAAUCUCUGCCCGGUGGGGUCGGGCAAAGCUACAAAGACGGGUCUUACUGCGCUAGAAUUACAGAACAAGUUGCCCAAAGCUCGUGUCGUGUACGCCUCAGCUACAGGUGCUUCAGAGCCAAGGAACAUGGCGUACAUGGUGCGUCUUGGCAUAUGGGGGGAAGGGACACCAUUCCCUACCUUUAUGGAUUUCAUUAAUGCUGUGGAAAAGAGAGGUGUGGGUGCUAUGGAGAUUGUGGCAAUGGACAUGAAACUCCGUGGCAUGUAUAUUGCACGUCAGCUCUCCUUCCACGGUGUCACAUUCAAGAUAGAAGAGGUACCUUUGUCUGAUGCCUUCAAGGAGACAUACGAUAAAGCCGUCGCUUUGUGGGUGGAGGCAAUGCAGCGCUUCACAGAAGCAGCAGAGCUGAUAGACGCGGAGUCCCGCAUGAAGAAGACCAUGUGGGGACAGUUCUGGUCCGCGCAUCAACGCUUCUUCAAGUACCUGUGUAUCGCUGCCAAGGUGAACCACGCUGUGGUGACGGCUCGUGAGGCGGUGAAGUGCGGCAAGUGUGUGGUGAUAGGUCUGCAGAGUACGGGCGAGGCUCGAACCCUGGACCAACUAGAGAGGGACGACGGCGAGCUCAGCGACUUUGUCUCCACCGCCAAGGGUGUAUUCCAGACGUUGGUAGAGAAACACUUCCCCGCACCGGACAGGACCCGUAUCAAUAGAUUGUUGGGACUUGAAGCCAAGCCCGCCACAGUUACACAUACACCCACCCACAACGGACGCAAUGGCGACGACGCCAACACCUCCAAGAGGAAGUUAACGCCCCGUCAGCAAGUUAACGCGGCGGCGAAACGCGCGCGCGGUGGUUCCUCUUCGGAUGAGUUCAUCCGCGGCUCUGAUGACGAUCUCGACGAUGAGUUGGCUGAAGAGUCUGAUGACGGUCGCCAUUCUGACUCCGAUCAGAGCGACUCCAAUCCCUUCAGAGCAGGCCGAGAGAGUGAUAGCGAUGACGAUCCAUGGAUCAAUCGUAAGAAGAAGCCUAUAAAAAAGAAGAAAGUAUCACCUAAGAAGAAGGCGUCGAGUACGCAGGACAAGAUUGAGACGAUGUUCGAGAGGAAGACGACCGCACCCUCAACCGUUACCGUCACCACGGCCGGCGGGCACAGCCUCACUGGCACACCUGUUGGCACUAACGGACUCUACCUCGGACCCAGUCGCAAUCAACCUCCCCCGCGGUCGGCCAUUGAGCGCGCUUGCAGCAUGAAAGAGGAACUCCUCGCAGCAAUAGAGAAGCUCGGCCGCCGUCUGCCACCCAACACGCUCGACCAGCUGGUAGAUGAGCUGGGCGGCACUGAGAAUGUUGCUGAGAUGACGGGACGUAAGGGUCGCGUGGUGCAGACGGAGGAAGGUCAGAUCCUGUACGAGAGCAGGUCUGAGGCUGAUGUGCCGCUGGAGACGCUCAACCUGACGGAGAAGCAGCGUUUCAUGGAUGGCGAGAAAGAUGUGGCUAUUAUAUCUGAAGCUGCUUCCAGUGGUAUCUCAUUGCAGAGCGAUAGGAGAGCUCGAAAUCAACGGCGAAGGGUGCACAUUACACUAGAGUUACCUUGGUCAGCUGACAGAGCCAUACAGCAAUUUGGUCGUACCCAUCGUUCUAAUCAAGUGAAUGCACCUGAAUACAUCUUCCUGAUCUCUGACUUGGCUGGAGAGCGGCGAUUCGCCUCGACAGUAGCUAAGCGACUGGAGUCUCUCGGCGCCCUCACACAUGGAGAUCGCCGCGCUACGGAGACGAGAGAUCUCAGCCAGUUUAAUAUUGAUAAUAAAUACGGUCGCACUGCCCUGGAGGCGGUGAUGAAAGCUAUAAUGAAGUACGAGACACCGCUGGUGGCGCCCCCGCGAGACUACGCCGGUGACUUCUUCCAGGACGUGGCGGUGGCGCUUGUUGGUGUCGGCCUCAUUGUUAACAGUGAGAGUGCUCCCGGAGUACUAUCACUGGACAAGGAUUACAACAAUAUGUCAAAGUUCCUCAAUAGGAUAUUGGGUAUGCCGGUAGAGCUACAGAACAGGCUGUUCAAAUACUUUACGGAUACAUUGGCUGCUGUAAUGGAGCAAGCGAAGCGCAGUGGCCGCUUCGAUUUGGGUAUCCUUGACUUGGGUAGUGCGGGAGAGAGCGUACGUCGUGUUGCCUGUGUACGCUUCCUGCGCAGGCACGCUACUGGCAGAGCACCCGUUGACCUCAUCACUGUACAGACUGAGCGUGGCAUGGAUUGGAUGGAAGCGUUGGAGAAGGAGUCUGAGUUAACGAGUCCGAAGGAAGGCUUCUACCUGUCACAGGCGGCUCGCAACAACAAGCACACCGCAGUGUUGUGCAUUGCCGCGCACACACCUAACAAUAGGAAGGAUAGACCCACCAAGAAAGAGAUCAUGUUUCAAAUAUACAGACCGAACACUGGUCUCCAGCUGCGGCUAGAGUCUCUCGCGGAGAUCGAGAAGAAAUACAAGAAGGUGACGAGCGAGGAGGCGGAGGGUCCAUGGAAGGCGCAGUACGCGGCCUCGUUGCGUGUCUGCAGCCAUGCGUACUGGCGGUCCGCAUGCAGGAAUGCGGCAGAGUGCGAGGUUGGUCUGCGCGUGCGCACUCACCACGUGCUGGCGGGCUCGGUGCUGGCGGUGUGGGCGCGCAUGGAGGCGGCGCUGGCGGCGCGCGCAGCUCUACACAAGAUGCAGGUCGUGCGCAUCAAGACUGAUGACGGCAGGAAGAUUGUUGGUACAGUUAUCCCAAAGAAUUGUGUGGAGCCGCUCAAAGAGGCGCUCGCAUCGGACGCGGUUUCCGUAACAGAGCAGAAAUUCGACACAUCUGACGAACUAAAAUGAACCCUCACUAUAUCUACAUAAAGACUAGAUUAGCUCGCAGCUUGCGAUCAGUUCCUCACUCUUCAUUUAGCGCAUAAUUCAGGACCAAAGUGGUCCUAAGGGACGGUCAAAUCCCGGACCUGGUCCAGGACUUGGUCAAUUAUGAUACGACCGUACGACUGAUUUUAUUUUGCCCAUCAACCUUACCCGGAAUAUUCAGGUCUUAAGACCUUUAGUAUUGAGAUCGUAACUUAUUUUAGAUAUUUGUAGGUUAACUUUUAUUUAUGUUUAAUAGGAUGAGGGUAUAAAUAAUGGUCCGGUUUCGUUUCCUAUGUUUUGUGAUUAGUCAUUUGAGAAAGUGAUGUAUUUAAGUGCGAUUUGUUCAAUGUGAUUUUAUUUCUUUGUUAAUU